AAGGUUUUCUCAGCAUCGGAAGACUCGGUCGACAGGUUUUGAAGCUAUUGGGCUUAUGGAUGCUUGUUCUGUGGCACCCAUCCCAAUGUGAUGGCUUUGGGUGGUGUUCAAUCGAAGUCGUCGAUAGAUAGCCAGCACCGCCGUCAAGGCGUAAGACUUCCAUGGUGAAUAGACGAAACACCCCUAUAAUCUUUCACGAGUCUUUGAAGCAUGCACCUGCGCCGGGCCGGUGGGCGUUCUGUGUUACGUGAGUGACUGAUCUGAUGUUGUCUGGCUCUCACCAUUCGUACGACUUUUCAACGCACACCUCUGCAUUCUUCAUUUUCAAUUCAUAAUCACACAAAAAUGGCACCCGAGGAACCAUGGCCCAUAGGACAGAUCGUCUUCACUGCCAUAAUGGGCCUUGUCAUGCUAGCCGCAUGCUUGGAAUGGUUUCUAUGGCUGGCUGCCUUUGUGUACUGUCUAGUCAAGGUGUAUCGAAAAUCGGAACAUUGGUCGAUCAAUGUCCUAUGUGUCGUCGUCGGGACUGUGUUCACUCUCCUUAGGGCCGUAUUCCUGCCAAUUAUUGUCGUCACACUGCCGCUGCCCAAUGCUAUAUCAAACUACUGGCCUGAUUUGAUGGUAGAGUUUCUGCAAUGGUUUGCGUUCUGGUCGUUCGCCCUGCUCUUGAUCGUCCCGUGGCUGUUUUGCGUGUACCAACUCGUCACUCAUCAACUGGGCCGCACCAAACGGAUGGAACAGACUCUUGACGACACCUCAGCGCCAAAGGUGGUGGUUGUCAUGCCCUGCUACAGGGAGGAGCCCGAAGUCCUGAUCAAGGCUGUUAACUCGGUCGUGGACUGCGAUUACCCGCCAGCAUGCAUCCAUGUCUUUCUCUCCUUUGACGGGGAAGAGGAGGAUGAGCUCUAUGUCCGCACAGUCGAGAGGCUCGGCGUGUCCUUGACGAUGGAGACGUCCCCUCGAAGCAUCGACGUUGUCUACAGGGGCUCUCGCGUAACCAUAUCCAGAUUCGCGCACGGUGGAAAAAGGCAGUGCCAGAAGCUGACCUUCCAACUGAUCGACAAGGUCUAUGAGCAAUACCUCGAGAGAAAUGACAACCUCUUCAUGCUCUUCAUGGACUCUGAUUGCAUUCUUGACAAGGUGUGUCUGCAAAACUUUGUCUACGACAUGGAGCUCAGUCCUGGCAAUUCUAGAGACAUGCUGGCCAUGACUGGCGUCAUCACUUCGACGACAAGGAAGCACAGCCUCAUCACUCUCUUGCAGGACAUAGAGUACGUUCACGGUCAGCUGUUUGAGCGAACGGUGGAAUCCGGCUGCGGCGCCGUCACCUGCCUGCCAGGCGCGUUGACCAUGCUGCGCUUCUCUGCGUUUCGUCGGAUGGCCAAGUACUACUUUGCAGACAAGACCGAGCAGUGCGAAGAUCUCUUUGACUUUGCAAAGUCUCACCUCGGGGAAGACCGGUGGCUGACCCAUCUCUUCAUGAUUGGAGCCAAGAAAAGAUAUCAGAUACAAAUGUGCACAUCGGCAUUCUGCAAGACGGAGGCUGUCCAGACCGUCAGAUCCCUGGUCAAGCAACGACGCCGGUGGUUUCUGGGUUUCGUCACCAACGAGGUCUGCAUGCUGACAGAUUGGCGGCUGUGGAAGCGGUAUCCCAUCCUGAUCCUGGUGCGUUUCAUGCAGAACACUAUCCGCACGACGGCGCUACUGUUCUUCGUCAUAAUGGUGGCGCUCACGUCGACAGCGAAGCAGGUGGACGAUCUACCGGUUGGCUUCAUGGCCAUAGCCCUGGGCUUGAACUGGAUGCUCAUGCUUUACUUUGGGAUCAAGCUUCGCCGGUGGAAGAUCCUGCUGUAUCCACUCAUGUUUGUGGUGAACCCCUUUUUCAACUGGUACUACAUGGUGUAUGGCAUAUUCACCGCAGGCCAGCGAACGUGGGGUGGCCCCCGUGCAGAUGCCGCCGCCGCCAACGGCCACACGACAGCUCGUGAGGCUAUCAAGCAAGCCGAGCUACAAGGGGACGAUCUGAACAUCAUACCAGAGACUUUCAAACCCGCACGCGAGGCUCAGAGGGCGAGAUCACAGCCUACACAGUCGCAGGUAGAUGGCCUUGUCCGGGAAAAGAGCCAAGUGCGUCCCCCCAAGGCUGUCGAAGGCAAGUUCUCCGCGCGACGCAAGACAGCAGCUGGUAUAUAUGCGCAUCCGGACGAGACGGAUAAUUCAGUGGGAGCCAUGGUCUCCUCGCUCGACUCGCUUAACAGAGUCGUCCACGUAACAACCGGCGACCACCUCGUUCACAUACCCCAGGACAUGGAAGAAUGUAUGGGCGAGGAGGACAGGCGCAAGUACGCCAUCGCGCAACGCGCUCAGGAAGUGAGGCGUGGCGCGGGAUCGGAGCGUCGAGAACCACCUCGCCAAGGUUCGCGUCCAGGAUGAACGUGGCGGACGGGCGGAAACCUCAGAAGCUAGGAAUCAGUCAUGUGCCAUUUGUGGCAGCGAUGCCUCCACCGCCAACAUGUUGUCUGACGGCUUGCGGCAGGACAGAGGUGGAACGAGAAAAACCGACCAGGUCAGGUGGAGCUUCUGGUUUUCUUGGACAUGAUGGUCGUCAUGAUGUUGGGCGGUCACUGCGUGAUUCAGAUUGACCUGUGUUGCUCUGGAAGUGAAGGUUGG